AUGAUUGAAGAAAGAGAUAUAGCUUGUUAGACUACUCNAAGCAAGAUGUAGAAAAAAUAAAAUAGUACAAUAGAAGAGCUGAAAAAAGUGAUGGAGUUUCUAUCAAUAAAUGAACAAUAUAAAUAUGAAACUCAUAGAGCAUUUGAUCCAAAUGAUGAUAGAUUCUUGAAACAGUAGCAGCAGUUAAUAGAAAAAUAAAAGCAAUAAUAAGAGCUGAAAAAAAAUAAGUUUAAACUUUAACUAGAUAUCAAAGAUAAUUAUUAAUCUAUACCAAAAUAAAGAAGGCAAUUGUUACCAUUAAAUGAUUUCUAAUAAUUAUAAAAAAUUAACAGUGAGAGAUCAUAAAAUAAUUAAAUUCAAUAAAGUGGAAUCUAAGAAUCCAAAAGUUAAACUCAAACUAAGUUUAAAUUUCCAAAAUUCAUCAUCUAAUAAUAAAGAUAGAAGAAACGACAUUAUAAAACAGAUGAUUUUGUUGGCAAUAAAGAUGAUAAGGAAUAACAAGCCAAACAUUUCAUCCAAAUAAAUAGAAUUUUCAGCAAUAAUAAUUUAACGGAUACAAAGCAAAGUAUAUAUACUCCUAAAACUGUGACAUAAAAUAAACAUUAGCUUCAAUUAUAAUAAACCAUAAACAAUAUCAAUUAAGCUAAAGAUAGCUCAUAUACAUAUGAUCUAUUUUAUAGAAAAACACCCUCAAGUACAAUUUAGGAAAAUAAGGAAAAGUAAAAAUAACUUAAAUUGUUAGAGAUAGCUCUAAAAUGUAAGAAUAUUAAAUGA